CGUAACGGUUCCGAACAAGGGUAAAUUCAUUCCCCAAUCAUGUACCUACAGGUGCUGUCUGUCUUAUUCCUGGUCCCGAUGCUGGCAGCAGUACUGGUUAUUGACAUGCAGGAAUAUCGAGGAUGCCCCGGCCAUAAAUACGAUAUAGACUUAUCCUCGAUGGAGUUCGAUUACGAUGACGAUGGAUUUAUAAUAGUCAGUGGGAAUUUCACUUUUCUCAAGGACAUCGUCCCACCGUAUCCGAUGUACGUCUAUGCGGAGAAGAUGGAACGCGGCGAGUGGAAGCGGACAUUUAUAGAUAAAUACAUACCGGACUUUUGCUCCGUUAUACAGAACUUCAAUGAAAUCUGGUACCCGAUUACUAAAAAUUUGAAUCAGAAAUAUUGCCCUUUCAAGGCGGGGUUUGUGGCGCAAAUCAACGAUAACGUACGUUACAAGUUUCCGGUGACAUUAACACACAACUUUGUUGGGGAGUGGAGAAUGAUUGUAGAAUGUCGUGAUAUCUCUGAGAAAAACUCAGAAUCUUUUGGAUGUUGGAUGCAGUACGCCAGUUUAAUUGAAAUAUGAAGGAUUUGUGACUCUGUUCGAACAAUAGUUCAGGUGCCUACUCCCACAGAGAAAA